AUGAAAGCAAUUAUUAUUGGCGCGGGGGAAGUUGGAUUUCAUACGGCUAAACUCUUGGUAGAAGACAAUAACGAUGUUAUCCUCAUCGAUCAAUCGAGAGAGGCUUGUCGGCGCGUUCAAGAGCAGUUGGAUUUAAUAACGCUUGAAGGAUCAGGGACUUCACCCUCCUUAUUAGUAGAAGCUGGAAUUAAAGAAGCAGACCUUCUGAUGGCGGUGACAAACUCCGAUGAAAUCAAUAUGCUGGCGUGCGUGAUUGCCUCCCGACAUGGUGUUAAGACAAGGGUUGCGCGCGUAUCCGAUCCCGAUUACUUCGCCAACGAAACGGAUUUAUCACCGAAAGAUAUUGGAAUUAACCUGCUGAUUAAUCCCGAACAACUCUGUGCGGAAGAAUUCUAUCGUCUACUGAAUGUUCCGGAAGCUCGCGAAAUCGUCGAGUUUGAAGAUGGCAAGGUACAGUUAGUCGCUUUUCAAGUGAAGCCCACCAAUCCGCUUCGAGGCACACCCCUCAGCCGUCUAGCAGAUCACGGCAUCCCCUCCGAUUUACGCGUUACGGCAAUUAAGCGCGAAGAUGGCACAACAAUUGUUCCCAAAGGUCUCGACUUCAUUAGCGAAGGGGAUGAGGUCUUUGUCAUCGGCAGUCGUGAAUCAACUUCGCAGCUACUUGAACUUUCGGGAGUUUCAUUAAAUCAAAAAAUCCAUCGUGCCAUUAUCGUUGGUGCCGAACGGAUUGGGAUAUCCCUUGCACAAGCCCUUGAGAAAAACGGUACGCAGGUGAAACUGAUUGAAGCCGAUCGGGAGAGGGCUGAAGCCGCAUCAACAAUUCUGAGAAAAACAACCGUUUUACAUGGGGACUACCUUAACCCCGGCUUCUUGGAAGAGGCUGGCGUUGACGGGGUAGACGGAUUCGUUUCUGUAACCGGUGAUGAUGAAAAUGAUGUGAUGGCUUGCGUCACCGCCAAGCAGCACGGCGCAGCUCGUGUACUUGCCCUAGUUCAAAAACCACGUUACUUACCAAUCUUGGAAAAUAUUCCAACCCUCGAUGCUGCCGUGAGUCGCCAUCUGACAGUGGUCAACAACAUUCUCCGUCUCGUCCGCCGGGGGCAGAUUAUUUCAGCAGCGUCCCUACGUGAGAUUGACGCUGAAGUAAUCGAGCUUGUUGCCGGACCAAAUUCACAAAUUACCUACAACGAGAUUCAACACCUAGGCGGAAUGCUGCCCGAAGACGUAUUGAUAGGUGCCAUUGUGCGGCAGGAUCGGGUUCUUAUCCCUACCGGAGCAAGCGUAAUCCAAGCCGGAGAUCGCGUGAUUAUCUUCACAAUGCCCGAUUCUAUUCCUGUCGUUGAAAAGCUCUUUGUAGAACCAGAGGCAAAACGUUUCCUUGGUCGAAAAGGUCGAAAAUAA